ACGUGGUCUGAAAGAGGCCGUCGAAUUCAUUGAGGCAGGGAAGCGAAAAACCAUAUAGCCUCACAGCAUCGUCAUCGUGUGCCGCGAAAUAUGUGUAGUCUUAUUAGUGGCUUCAGAAUUGUCAAUCCCCACCAAUAUUAGCCUCAUUCCCAAAUCCCCUCUUCCUCCUCCUCCCUCUCGGGACUUUUUCUGCAACUUGGAGAGAGUGAGAGCGCAUUGGGAAUGGCACUCAAUACGCACAGGGUUUCCUUUUCCUUCUCUAUGGUCGGGCCGUCUAGCCUGAGAAGAACCUCUUCUGCUUCCCACUUUGCUAGCCAACCAUUUGGCCUUCCCUUUUCUUCCUCAUCGCCCGUCAAACUGCCUUCGCAAUUUGUUUCCAGGAACUCUAAUUGCCGGCCCAUCAAAUGCUCCGUUUCUGAAGCUACAGAACCCAAGACUGAGAAGAAGAAACAGCAGGAGAGAAGAAGAGACAUAAGAAACAUAGCAAUCGUAGCUCAUGUUGAUCAUGGAAAAACAACUUUAGUUGAUGCGAUGCUGAAACAAACAAAGGUAUUUCGUGAUAAUCAAUUUAUACAGGAAAGAAUAAUGGAUUCAAAUGAUUUGGAGCGUGAAAGAGGAAUCACAAUACUAAGUAAAAAUACAUCUGUCACCUUUAAAGACACCAAGAUUAAUAUAAUAGAUACUCCAGGUCACUCUGACUUCGGAGGUGAAGUGGAGCGCAUCCUAAAUAUGGUGGAAGGAAUCCUUUUAGUGGUAGAUUCUGUUGAAGGUCCAAUGCCACAAACAAGAUUUGUUUUAAAGAAGGCCCUAGAGUUUGGGCAUGCAGUUGUGGUUGUUGUCAAUAAAAUUGAUAGACCAUCUGCUCGGCCGGACUUUGUCAUCAAUUCUACUUUUGAGCUGUUUCUUGAACUAAAUGCGUCGGAUGAACAGUGUGACUUCCAAACAAUAUAUGCUAGUGGCAUAAAGGGACAAGCAGGACUAUCUCCUGAAAAUUUGGCAGAAGAUCUUGGCCCAUUGUUUGAAGCUAUAAUCAGAUGUAUCCCUGGACCACAUAUUGACAAAGAUGGUGCACUGCAAAUGCUUGCUACAAAUAUUGAGUACGAUGAACAUAAAGGGCGUAUAGCGAUUGGACGAUUGCAAGCCGGAGUAUUAGAAAGGGGCAUGGAUGUCAGGGUUUGUACAACUGAAGAUUCAUGUAGAUUUGGGAGAAUUAGUGAGCUUUUUGUGUAUGACAAAUUCAGUAGAGUCCCUGCAGACCGCGUGGAGGCUGGUGAUAUAUGUGCUGUUUGUGGAAUUGCUGAUAUUCAGAUUGGGGAAACCAUUGCUGACAAAGUAUCAGGGAAGCCACUGCCAUCCAUCAGGGUGGAAGAACCCACUGUGAAAAUGUCUUUUUCUAUAAACACUUCACCUUUUGUUGGGCGUGAGGGAAAGUAUGUCACUAGUAGGAACUUAAGGGAUAGGCUCUAUCGUGAGCUAGAGCGAAAUUUGGCUAUGAGAGUUGAAGAUGGUGAAACAGCAGAUACCUUUAUUGUCAGUGGCCGUGGUACUUUGCACAUAACCAUACUCAUAGAAAACAUGCGAAGAGAAGGAUAUGAAUUCAUGGUAGGUCCUCCCAAGGUUAUCAACAAGAAAGCAGGUGAUCAAUUGCUGGAACCAUAUGAGAUUGCCACUGUGGAGGUACCAGAAGAACACAUGGGGGCUGUUGUUGAACUUCUGGGCAAGAGGCGAGGGCAAAUGUUCGAUAUGGAAGGAGUUGGAUCGGAAGGAACUACCCUACUGAAAUAUAGGAUUCCAACCCGUGGCCUUUUGGGAUUGCGGAAUUCUAUCUUAACAGCUUCCCGUGGAACAGCAAUUCUCAACACUCUCUUUGAUAGCUAUGGACCUUGGGCAGGGGACAUCAGUACUCGGGAUCAAGGCUCACUGGUUGCUUUUGAAGAUGGAACAAGUACUUCUUAUGCGCUUGCUAGUUCACAGGAGAGGGGACAGAUGUUUAUCCGUCCUGGAGUGGAUGUUUACAAAGGUCAAAUUGUUGGCAUUCAUCAGCGACCUGGGGAUUUGGCCUUGAAUGUUUGCAAGAAAAAAGCCGCAACAAACAUACGUUCCAACAAGGAACAAACAGUGAUUCUUGAUACACCGAUGGAUUAUAGUCUGGAUGACUGCAUCGAAUACAUCCAAGAAGAUGAACUGGUAGAGGUCACUCCCCAAAGCAUACGAAUGUGCAAGAAUCCCAAACUAGCAAAGAAAACAAGGUAGAUUUCCACAGUAUACCUGCAACUUGCAGAUAGCUGGUCACGCUGCGGAAUCCAUUAAUAUAUUUGUUGGUAGUGAAAAGUCAAGCCACUUAGCGCUUCAUGUAAUAACCACAAAUUCUUCUCACCCGCUGUAAAAUUUAUAGGGGCUGCUGAUUAGAAAAAUUGAUUAUUUGAGGGCACAGAGAGGCCCUGAAUUUUUGUUUAUUUUAUAAAGGCACUAGCAUUUAGCAGUAAGAAAGUCAACAGAUGCAUUCUUUGUGAAAUGAUUAUUGAUGAAUCGUGACGUACCAGAGAAGUUAAAUGUCUGGGAUGAUUUGUAAUGCAACAUCAGAUUGUUAAUCUUCAGUCUGAACAGAAUCUUCGUUAUCCGAAA